AUGGUCUUUGAUGGAACUAGAGGCGUCAGGGCGAUGGCAGCAGCCACUGAUGUCAAUCACUGUAGGUUUAUGGCAGAAGACUCUACGGAGGAGAGCUCGAUAGGAGAUAUCAGCGGAAACUUCAGCCCCGGGGGAAGCAAGUCAUCACUGGACUCCUCCUUCAGAACCAGAUCUCAUCACAAAGGAGAGUCAGAGGAGAGGACUAGCGUCGGAAAUCAUGGAGGAGCCAAGGGUGUUUUUGCCCCCAUGAAACCAGGGCAGUUUGCAGCGUCCCUAGGCUUCAAGCCUGUGCAUGUUUCUAAAGCAGUUGAUCCCCCGCGUGAAAAGCCGGCAGAAAAGACUGCGGAAGUUCGGUCGUCGCACCUUUCUAAGUCAAAGGAGGAGGACGAAAGCAAUCCGAGGAAACUACUCGUACAGACUCGAGAGGAGAAGCCAGUGCACCCAAGAGCUCCUAGCCCCUCUAUGGGAGAGAACGCGGUGGAAGAGGAAAUAGAAGUGUACGAAGACGACUGGGAUGAUGAUGAUGAUGAGCCAAACGACAACCAGAAAGCUCAAACAAAAGAAAACGAGAGCAAGGAGAAGGAACCACUAACGAGGCGCGCAGAGACUCUGGUAGAUACUUCGGUCGGUAAAGACUCGAGCAUUCCAGCACAGUUAUCAAACCAGACGGGAACAAGUGAGAUCACGAGACUGGGUCAGGAGAACAAAGAUUCACUAGCAAAGAAGACCGUUUUCCGAGAAUUAGAUUUUUCAGAGGCGCUGAAGGAUCAAUCUUACGCUACAGACUCGGAGACUGAAGAAGAGGAGAAACGAAAAUUCUUUGAAGAGGUCGCGAAGAUGGGACAAGUCGAUUACUCGGUGCUGAACCGAAAGCUCGAAGUUGAGAACAAAGAUAUUCAGGAAAGCAAAGAGCCCCAAGUCGAGUCCACGAAGGCAGGAGUUGGAAAUUAUCAGGAUGAUGUCAGGACAUCACAAGUGUCUGUGAAGGCGUCAUGGGCAGGAUACAACCUUGAAGAAACCUUGACGGAUUCGCCAGCAAAGCUUGCAGUGAGCGAAUCCACUUUGGCAAGCACUGAGAUUGUCAGCCUGUUGGCUGCAGCUGAAGCAAAUGAGAAGAUGGUCAUGGGCAAGGGCUUACACGAGCCGACUGCCUUGCAAGCUAAAGGGCGCCCUCAAGGUGUGAUAGAGGGGGAAGAGACUGAGGCGGCUCCUCGUCCGACGGGGCUGCAAGGUGACAUCUCGUGUAGUUCAUUGUGUAUGAGCAUCGCGUCCCGGCACGCGGAUGGUCAUCCCACGCCAACAGAGCCACAAGCGCCCAGUCGGCUCGAGAGCGUCAGUGAUGCGAUCUCAGAGCUUAUGGCAUCUGCGGAAGCCAAUGAAAAACAGUUCAUCAGCGGGAGCAAAGAUGAUAAAGAGCCCAAGCAUCUCCAGCCCAAAGACGACAGCCCCCGGCAGUCUGACAGCGACUGGGCGAGGGAGACGGAGAAGGAGAGAGAGAGGAAAGGCCUCAAGCCUCUGCCGGCUACUCUACCGCCAGGGUCCGAGAAGUCCAAGCUACUGCCGAGAUCAGAUCCCAAGCCGGUGUCUGCCUUUCUGAAACCUCCCCCUCGUCCCGGCCUCAAGGAUGUCCAAGCCGGGAAGAGCGCGAAGACUCUGCCGCCGCCGGUCCCUUCCAUAUCACCUGCCAAGGGUCUGAGCAAAGGCUCGACUAAGGCGCAGCAGGAGGCUGGUAGGGAGACGAGAGCUGGACGGAAGGAGGCAGGAGGGAGCACAAGCAAGGUGUCACGGGAAGGGGAUGGGUCGAGCGAGAGCUUCCGUGUGACAGUUGAAUGUGACUCUGGUCAAGGAAACAUUCAAAGUCAAGGCUCCAAAAUAGACCCAUCGAGUUCGAUUCAAGUGAGUAUUUCGAAACCUGAAAAAGGCAUGUCUAUCAAGAGCGAGGAGGCACAAACAGUCGCCAUCCUGCCUCUGAGCUCACAAGUCAGGAAAGAGGAUCACGAGAAGAUGAUCAAAGAGUAUGAGGGUGCGCUUGAUCAGCUCAGAAAGCAGCAUGCCGAUCGCAUCCGGGAGAUGGCGGAGCUACAUGAUCGCAUGAGGGAUGCUGCAAUUAUGUUUCUUAUCUCUGGUUUCAGAGUGGAAGAACUUGAGGCAAUGGACAUGGUAAAGGCUGUCGCCAAAGGCGGAAAAAUUCCUGCAAGCAUCACAGAGGAAGAUAGAGAGAGACUCGAGAAGGCAAUUCGGGAGCAGGAGGUUCUUCUUCAGGCCUAUCAGAAGGAAAAUGAACGGAUAACUGGUGAAUGCAAAUCGCUGCAGGCUCAGGCCAGAGAAAAGGACCACAGCGCCUUUCUUGAGAAUCAAAAGCUCAAUCAACAGAUCAAAUUCCUUCAAGAAGAAACGGAAAGAGUGAUUCGUCGGAGUUCUGGGCAGGCCGGCGAUCUUGCCUCCAAGCUAGAAGUGGCAAAGGUAGUCGAAGAGCUUGAAGCAGAGCGCAGACAGAAUUUGCAGCAGCAGCAAGAACUGAAAUUUGAAAUUGAUCGGUUGAGAAAAGCCAAGAAAGAGUUAGAAGGAAAACUGGCAGGGGUGGACUUAAACAGGCUGGUGGAGCAUGAGAACGAGGUGGCACAGCUGCAAUCUUUAUUGAAGAGAGAAAGAAUGCAGUUCGACCUUGAGAAGACAGACCUCAUGGCGCGAAUCCAGUGGUACUCGGAAAAUCAAGAAAUCAUUACAAAGAACGAUCAGUUGCUGAGGUCUCAGGAGAGGGAGAUAGAACUUGAGAACAGUGGAAUGAAGGGAGAAUCCAAGCUUGUGAAGAACUUGAAGAAGAAGAUCUCCGAGCUGGAAAAGGAGAAGAGGGAGAGGGAGCAGGAGCCCAACAUUGUCAAGGAUCUCAUCAGAGCCGCACAGCCGAGUGCAGAGGAGAUUGAAGUCGUGCAGGAUCUUCAGCUCAAAGUAAAAAGUCUUGAGCAAGAGAUCGAUGAGAUGCAUUCUGAUACCGAAAAACGAAUCCGUGUUCUGCGACAAGAGACAGAAAAUGCAAGAACUGCGUAUGAGAAGAGAAUAGCUUCUCUGCAAACGACGAACAAGGAGCUCAGCAACAAGCUUCUGUUGAAACAAGGGGGCAAAGAAGCGAGUCUCUCCAAGAAGGAGGUUGACAAACAGAUGUCUGACGUUCGUACUUUCUAUCAAAAAAAGAUAAAAGAUCUCGAGAAGCAGCUUGAAGACGCGAAUCGAGCUAUUCAGAGGCAGAACGCCCCAGGAAGAUUGUUGAAUCAGGAACAGCGAAAGCAGAUCGAAGCGAACGAAGAGAAAGUCCUGAGAACAAGUCAAACGAUACAGGAUCCCAACACGAAAGCAAAGUUGAAGGAGGCGUCUAGCACAGCUCCUGAAAAGGACAAGCAACACAAGGACGACAAUCAAGUUCCUGAGACCCUCCCGCCGAAUGAUCCUCAAGAAAAGUUUCGUGAUACGAGACAACAGGAAGAAUAUCAAGCUGGUGGAAUAUCCACAGAUCGAGCGGUCAAAGUCGCAUGGGGAGCGAGCUCUACCGCAGCAGAGCACAAUAUAGACACUCAAGCAGCUUCUGGACAUGCUGAAGCAGACUUCAAGGACCGGAGAAUUCAACAGCUGGAAGAACAGCUCAAGAGCUUGCAAUCCUUUCCACGGGAACUCGCAGGAGGCAUGUAUCCUGAGUACAUGCAGGCGUUGUUCUCCGAUCCUUCCAUGAACACAAUGAGGUAUCAGAUGAUGAUGAUGCAGCAAAAGCUGAAGGAAAGCGAACGAGCAAGAGAGGUCGCUGAGCUGACUCUGCAUGCGGUGGAGCAGAGCACGAAGUCGGUGGUCGAGCAGGCGCAGGGCGAAGCUCAAAGGCGCAUCGAAGAUCUGCUGAAGCAGCUCAGCUGCACUCGGCAGGCUCCUUCCGCUCCCCAGGGCUCCGAUCACCCGACACACUCAGACUCGGUGGAGCUUCCUCCGCAGCCCCGAGAGCGUCCCGACCAUGUGCCCGAGAGCUCAGUGGAGCUGCUCGACCUUCGCCAGAAGGUUGUCGAGCUCGAAAGGAUGGUCCGAGGGAGUGGAGCAGCGCAGGAGAUGACGCCGUUAAAGAGUUCAAGCUCGCAGCAGAUGGAGUUCAAAGUCAAAAAGCAAAAAGAGCUUGAGAGGAUGGAGGAGCGACUGGCUGAGCUUGAGGAGAAGCAUCGGAGAAGAGAGAAAGAGCUCGAGACUCUGCUACUGCAGGCGCAGUUCUCCAGUCGGUCGAGUCAGGCGAAGUUGGAGACGGAGAUCGAGAACAAGAACAAGCAGAUCUCACACUUCCGUGACGAGGUGGAGGACAUGAUGAUGGCGAUAGAGGCAUUGCGGAACGAGAGGUCGAAGGCAGCCACUCCCAAAGUCAAGAUGUAG